AAUGCGAUCUCUCUUCAUCUUGAUAGUGUCUAUUAUUAUUCUCGACUUUGUUAAAUCCAAAGAUAUUAUCAUCGUUGGAGCGGGAAUAUCAGGAAUCUCAGCUGCUAGAAUUUUGAUAAAUGGAGGUCAUAAUGUGACUGUUCUGGAGGCGAGGAAUCGUGUUGGUGGAAGAAUUCAUACUGUGGAAGUUAAUAAUAAUAAGGUAGAUUUGGGAGCAUCAUGGAUACAUAAAGAUAAUGAUAAUCAUCCUAUCUAUAAGCUAGCAGAAAAAUUUAAUUUAAAGACUAAAGAAAUAGCUUCUUCUUAUAAAGUAUUUACUAAGAAUGAUCAAAAUGAGAGAAUAGAAGUUAAUUCUAGUCUUUUGGAUGAAAAGUAUGAAGAAUAUAUCCAGUUAAUUAAAUCUCUUGCAAGUGAUUCUUCAAAAUUAUCUUCCAACAUAUCGGUUUACGAUUAUUUAAAGAAUAAAAAUCUACUUAAAAGCAUAACUGAAAAUAAAUUUAAUGGAUUCUUUUUAAGUAGAACGGAGAUUGAUUUUAGUGCUUCGUUUAAGAGUUUGUCAGCGAAACUUACAGGAAAAAGAUUCACAAAGAGUUCGGAUAAGAAUGAAAAUGGCGAAAAAACACCAGUAUUAAUUUUUCCAAAUGGUUAUCUUGAUAUUGUUUCAAAUCUGAUCAAAGGCGUUGGAAAGGAGAAAGUAGUUAAGGUUUCGUUAGAAAAGGUUGUAACAAAUGUUACUGUGAAGGAUAAAGUGAGUGUUAAAACUAAAGAUGGAUCUUCUUAUACUGGAGAUUAUGUAAUUAUCACUAUUCCAUUGGGAGUUUUGAAAAAUGAUACUAUUACCUUUAAUCCUCCAAUUUCUGAAAAGAAAAGAGACGCUAUAAAUAGCGUUGGUUUUGGAACAUUAAAUAAAGCAUACUUGGAAUUCAAAGUACCUUUUCCAGAUAAUGAAACACACAUUUAUUAUUUUAUGCAAAAUAAAUUCCAAAAUCGCAACUAUUUCAAUGACUUUUAUAACCUUGGAAGAUGGAUAGACAAGUCAGCAUUUAUGUCAUUAUCACCUUCUACCGAAGAUCAAAAUUCCGAAGAAAUCGAUGAUACAAGUAUUACUGAAAGCUGCUUAACAAGAUUGUCGAUUAUUUUCAAUAAAUCAAUAGUUGAGCUGAAAGAAAGUUGGAAUAGUACAAUAAGAACGAGGUGGCAAGCAGAUGAAUUUAGUCAAGGAUCAUUUUCGUAUCCCCAAGUUGGUACGACUCUUGAAGAUUAUGAGGAGCUAAGAAGAUCCCAUCAAAAGUAUGUUUUAUUUGCUGGUGAGCAUACCUCGAACCAAAACUAUGGAACUGUUCAGGGAGGAUAUAAUAGCGGUGUAAAGGCUGCUUGCGAAAUUGAUAAAAAGCUCUGCUCAACUUCUAGUGCACCAGUUUUUAAAAUUCCUCUAGUGUUGAUUUCAUCAAUAAAAAUAGAAGAAUAA